AUGGAUACAAAGAAAGUGACAAAGUCACAUAUUCCAGCAGAGAGUGCACCUGCACGCAUUGAAAUUUCCACUGAUAAUAAGGCUAUGGAAAAUGAGUCUAUGGCACGACGAAAACGUGGAAGGCCAUUUGGUUCAAAAGAUUCUAAGCUAAGAAAAGUAAAGAGGCCUGAUGGAUUAACAAAUGAAAUCAAUAUUGACCCUGCAAAAGAAGGUCAUGAAAGACCAAAUGAAGAGGAAAAUAUAGAUAAAGAUGAUCCUCCUAAAGAGGAGGAAGAAAAUCAUAAGAAACAUGAUUGGCCAAAACGGAAAGAGGCAAUUCAGGCAGAAUUGAAAUCCCUUGAAAAUCGAGAAGUUUUUGGAAAAAUAUCCACUACACCAAAGGGUGUAAAACCUGUUGGACACAAAUGGGUAUUCGUGAGAAAAAGAAAUGAGAACAAUAAGGUUACAAAGUACAAGGCAAGGCUAGUUGCCCAAGGUUUUUCUCAAAUAUCAGGGAUUGAUUAUGAGGAGACAUAUUCUCCGUUCAAUUCAUUAGCUAGAUGGUUUAAGAGUGUGACAAUUAGUAGGGUGGGAACUGGAGUACAGACUAGGAAGGAAGUUGCAAAUAGCAUGGAUAAUGAUAGGAGUUUGAUGCAUACACAAGGGUUGAGCAAUCGGCUACAACCAACUUAUCAAAAUGGUGUUAAAAAUUUUCUCGAUUUUGCUUUCAAAGACACAAUCCCUAAUACCGGGGCUAAGAAAAGGUGUCCUUGUUUGAAGUGUCGAAAUUACAUCGACCAUGAUCGAGAGACAAUGUGGGCUCAUCUUUUCCGAGUAGGAAUGGAUCCCGACUAUAAUCCGUGGAUAUUCCAUGGAGAAGAACAACUUGACAUGGGAAACAUGGAAAUGUCCGAGGAGGAAGGUGAUUUGUUUGAUGAUGAAGAUCCUCUUGUAUCCGAGGAGAUGGUUGCUUUGGUGCAUGAUGCCACAAAUGUAGUGCCCGAGAAUUUGAAUGAUAGAGAUGAAGAGGAUAAAGACCAUGCCGAAAUUCCUGAUAAGUUUUAUAGGUUAAUGAAAGAUGCAGAAGAAGAAUUAUUCUCGGGUUGUAAAACCUUUUCAAGGUUGGAGUUCAUCGUAACUCUCUUACAUCUCAAGGUUAGUGGACAUUGGCCUGAGAAGACAUUUACUUUGCUUCUUAGUGUGUUACAUAAGGCCUUCAAUUAUGAUCCUAAAUUUCCAAAGAGCUCCCAUGAAGCCCAGAAGUACACAAAAGAUCUUGGGUUGAAUUAUGUGAAGAUCCAUGCUUGUGUAAAUCAUUGCAUCUUUAUAGAAAGGAGUAUGAAAAUGCCGAUUCAUGCCCUACUUGUGAGGAGUCCAGAUGGAAAGAAGGUAGUGGUGAAUUUGAUGAUAGUGUCACAUUUUUCGGAAUCUCAAGGGACCUCACAACGGAUUCCUAGAAUACCUCGUCUAGUUCUUCGUCAUUUUCCUUUAGUUCCUAGGCUUCAAAGGCUUUUUAUGUCUUCAAAAAUUACUAAGCACAUGAGAUGGCAUAAGGAUAGGAAGCGAGUUGAUAAGGACGUAUUAAGGCAUCCAUCUGAUUCAAAGGCAUGGGAGAAGCUCGAUGAUUCAUUUCCUGGUUUGGCAAAAGAUCCACGUAAUGUGAGAUUAGGUCUUUCAACUGAUGGUUUCAAUCCUGGUGCACAUUUAGGCACUAAGUGCAGUAUAUGGCCAGUCUUUUUAGUGCCAUAUAAUCUCCCAGCAUGGAUGUGUAUGACAAGUCCUUACAUCAUGCUAUCACUCUUAAUUCCUGGUCCAAAGUCCCCCGGAAAUGAUAUAGAUGUGUUCUUGGAGCCGUUGAUCGAUGAAAUUCAAGAGUUAUGGGAAGUUGGGGUCAAAACUUAUGAUUCACAUAGUCGCCAAAAUUUUAAUAUGAAGGCAUCGCUAUUGUGGACAAUGAGUGAUUUUCCUGCUUACGGGAAUCUGUCUGGUUGGAGUACUUGUGGUAAACUUGCUUGCCCAACAUGUUAUAAGCAUACUUGGCACAAGCGGUUAAAGCAUGGAUCGAAAGAAUGCUUUAAAGGUACUCGUAUGUUCUUGGAACCCGAUCAUAGGUGGAGAAAUGACAAGAAAUCUUUUGAUGGGGAAAAGGAGAGACGACCACCUCCAAUUCUUUUGUCAGGGGAUGAGAUAUUAGAGGCAUUUGAUGGUGUCCCAAAUGUGAUUUUUGGGAAGAAGCGAAAGAGAACCGAUCGAUACUUGUUUGACCAAUGGAAGAAGUUGAGCAUCUUCUUUAGACUUCCUUAUUGGAGUAAGCUUUUGAUAAGACACAACUUAGAUGUCAUGCAUAUUGAAAAGAACAUUUGUGACAGUAUAUUAGGAACAAUACUUGAUAUUCCUAAUAAGACAAAAGACACCUUGAAAGCUCGAAAGGAUUUUAAGGAGAUGAAUGUGCAUCAUAAUUUAAUUCCUAUUAAGAUAGGUGAUAAAUAUGCCAUCCCUAGAGCACCAUAUCAGUUGACAUCUAUAGAGAGGCGUAAAGUAUUAGAGUUCUUGUCCAAGGUUAAAGUGCCAGAUGGUUACUCUUCUAACAUAGCUCGAUGUGCAAGUAUGGAAGUUGGAAAAAUAUCAAACAUGAAAAGUCAUUAUUGUCAUGUGUUCUUGCAAGAUUUGCUUAAACCGGCAUUUCAAGGUAUCUUACCUAAGGAGGUGCUAGAACCUUUGGUUGAGCUUAGCUUAUUUUUUAAGCAGUUGUGUUCUAAAACUCUAAAAAUUGAUGUGUCAGAGAAGAUGGAAAAGAGUAUUGCAAUUACUCUUUGCAAGCUUGAAAAGGUAUUUGUUCCGGCUUUCUUUGAUAUUAUGGUCCACCUUCCAAUCCACUUGGCCAAUGAGGCCAAGAUAGCUGGCCCAGUGCAAUAUCGUUGGCAAUAUCGGUAUGAAAGAUAUCUAAAUGGGAUUGAGACCAAGUUCAAUUGCAUGAGUAGAAAUGACAUGGAUAGGCAAGAAUCUCUGUUGUUUAAGUUAUCAGUUUUCCAAAAGAAGGGGAAUCCACUAGGCAAAAGAACAUUUAAGCAAUUGAGCUUUUUGGAUUGGAAGAAAGCUCAAUUAGAGUACACCACUAUACAUGGGCCAAAGCCAAGUCUAGUUGAUUGGUUUCGAUAUCAGAUUUGGAAGCUUUACACGGAGGGGGGCCCAAGAGUAACAACUGAGUUACUAUCAUUGUCACGAGGCCCGAGUAAGAGUGUGAAAAGCUAUCAAGGAUACUAUGUAAAUGGGUAUCGCUUUCACACUAAAAAGCGUCAAAGAAGGCGAAAGACGCAAAAUAGUGGAGUAAUUGUUAAAGGAGAUGCAGAGAGUGGAGAAAAUGACUUCUUCGGGGUUUUGAAAGAAGUCAUAGAACUUGAAUAUGAUGCACCAAAUAGUGGGGAUACAUAA